GCUUUAUCACAGGUGCACCUCUACUCUGGUUAUUACGGUAGCUCAGACACACUGCCCGGUGCUCCUUUGUUACAGUCAGUACGGUAUCUGAACGCCGCAGUCAGUCACUUUUGUUUAUCCCUGAGCUGUGCUGCACCGCUGCUAGACUCUCUGUCCGGACUCAUUACAGCUCAUUAUCCAGUGCCAAAGUUAGUGUUACGUCCUCUGGCUGCCAGGUACGGUGCUUAUAUUUUCAUUACAGCUGCAGAAUGUUUUUAGAGCUUUAUUCUAAGGCUUAGAAUAAACGUGGUAUGUUAGUGCGCAUCGGCCCUGUAAUCUAUCGACUAGAAUUUAGUCCUGCGUAAAAGUGAACUCGGAAAUCUAAUUUUGCUGCAGGGACCAGUGAUUCUGUGAGUUGAGAGGCACCUCGUGUUACUUUAUAUUAUCUUCAUGUAUUAUUAUUUACUCCCCAUCGCGUAUCACCGUUGAUUUACUGUAAUAUUAUAUUUGGAGUUUGUUAUUUUAAAGGUUACCAUCGGGUGAAACCAAAAACUAGGCAUCUGGACCUGGUUCAGGUUCGGGAUUUAUAAUCAGAUUAUAGACGGAACACUUGCUGAGUUGAAUAUAGGCUAGAAGGGUUCAUGCCGGAUUUCGAGCACUUCAGAUUUUCCUACUCGAGUAUGAAUCCGGUCCUGGGGGAGAGUGGCUUCCUGGCCCCGCAGCAGCCCCACCACCAGAUGACGGGCCUGAACGACUUCGCGAUCCCGGAGCCUGGCUACUUCCUGGGGGAGCACGGCGGGUUCGGACCUGAUGGGUGGUCCGGGCUGGACCUGGGCGCACUUCCGCCGUCUGGCCUCGCCUACCUGCACCUGAGCUCCCCCCUGCACCGCGUGCCCCCUGCGGCCACGGCGCUGCGCAACGACCUGGGAUCCAACAUCAGCGUCCUGAAGACUCUGAACCUGCGGUUCCGCUGCUUUUUGGCCAAAGUGCACGAGCUGGAGCGCCGGAACAAGGUCCUGGAGAAGCAGCUGCAGCAGGCUCUUGAGGAGAACUGCGGAGGGGACGGACACCAGAAGCCUCUGACCAAAGAGAUGGGGGUCCAGACUGGAUUCAUUGGGCCCAUUCCAUCCAGACCGGGCCUCAUCCCGCUGCACAACGCCAACAACUCGGCCUACCUGCCCGGGGGCCUCCUCUCUCCCACCCUGAACCCCCCUCCUUUUGACAAUAAAUACCUGCCGGGGCACAAGCUCAACCCGGAUUCAAACUCCAACCUCAACCCGCCCCGGUUCUCCGUCAGCCCGGCCCUGAGUCCCACCGACCCGUACAGAACCAUCACCAACAUCAACGAGAAAAACGCCUCUCACACCGGGACCAACACCAACAACACCCCCCCUCCACCCCCGCGCUUCCUGCCCGGUGCGAACUGGUCCUUCAACCACCCGCGCCGGUUUGGCCCCGGGAGGGAGUCAUGCGCCGGGGUCUCCUGGACGCAGCCGGACGGUGUCGGGGUCCAGAUCGACACCAUCACCCCUGAGAUCAGGGCCCUGUACAACGUGCUGGCCAAGGUGAAGAGAGAAAGAGACGAGUACAAGAGAAGGUGCAGAGUGGAAAGGCUAAAGCUACGUUAUUCGUUCUUCCUCUACAGGAAGUCACCACCGCCCAUCACACUGGCGGUGGACGACUCCGACAGCGAGGAGAAGAAGAAGUCAGCUCUCCCUGCUGAGACCAGCGGCGCCAACGCCUCCAUCCCCCCUCUGACCUGGAGGAAGCCCUAAUACACACACUGCAACACACACACUCCUACACACACUGAUGGCACAACAUGUCACACCAAGGCUCUUCUUGCUGAUUUAGAGCCUGAAAUUGAG